GACGAUACAUUUCAGUUGUUAGAAAAUAGUUUUAUCAUAUCUAUUUUACUGAUUAAAGUAAUAAAGAUGAGUUUCGCAAACAAAGUGAUAUUAGUAACUGGUGCCAGCUCCGGAAUAGGAGCUGCUACAGCCAUACUGUUUGCUAGAGAAGGAGCCAAUGUUGUCAUGGUUGGAAGGAAUGAGGCCAAAUUAAAAAACGUCUCUGAUAAAUGCACCCAAGUUGGAAAGAAACCUCUUGUUAUCAACGCUGAUGUAUCCAAAGAUGACGAUGCGAAGAGAAUAGUCAAAGAGACUAUCGAUAAAUUUGGGAAACUCGAUGUGCUUGUUAACAAUGCUGGUUUGAAUUCUUCUGGCUCUAUUCUAGACGGGAAAAUUCUCGAAUCCUAUGAUGCGAUUUUCAGCGUAAACGUUCGAGCUGUGAUUCAUCUCACAUCAUUAGCUGCUCCUCAUCUUGUUAAAAGUAAAGGAAAUAUUGUCAACAUAUCCAGCGCAUCAUCUAUGACAACCCCAGCUUUGCCUUCCAUGCUUGCAUAUUACGUAUCUAAGGCGGCUAUAGAUCAUUUCACUCGCGGGGCUGCGAAGGAACUAGCACCUUCAGGAGUAAGAGUGAACUCAGUCAAUCCAGGCCCAGUGGUCACUGAUUUCAUAUCAAACCAAGGGAUAGAUGCUAAAUUUGAAGACUUUGCAUACUUGACAGCUUUGAAUAGGGUAUCACAACCUGAAGAAAUAGCAAACUUGAUUGAAUAUUUGGCCGGAGAAAAAGCUGUUGGCAUUACUGGAUCUACAUUUGUUGUGGACUGUGGUACACUUAUAAAAUGAAAAACGAAUGUAACUUUAUUAUAUAAAUAGCACUUCUCUUCUUAUCGUGUGGGUUGUGAGGUGGAUUACCAACCCCAUAAACCCUGGCACCCUGGCAUUAGCACUUAUUAAAGCUUAUUUAUUUCAAUAAUUCAAUUGUUAUUAUCCAAUUCUUGUUCUUCUGCCGUGUGUUUUUGUUGUUAUUAAUAAUUAAUUAGCUACGUUUCAACUAAUAAAGAUUUUUACUUAUAAAUGUUGAAUAAUGUAAUGUCCAAUAAAUGAAAUGUGUGUA